AUGAAGUGGACUUAUAUUUUAUUUUUUUCGAUCGUGCUCCUACUAUCAUUUCAGCCAGUUGAAUCACGAAAUGGUGACGACGUGAGCCAGACACCUGCGGCCGAGCCGGUACCACAAGUAUUGACUUGGCAUUCCUGUGGGUCCUGCCGGGGAGAAGGAUGGGGUGACUUGGGUACUGGGCAAGCUCCUGCUGCCAUAAAGUGGUCUGUCCCUGGCACUUCGCCCACCUGCCUUACAGGUGGAAAACAACACGGGGAGUGGCAGUUACCGGUUGUAGGUCGGCACCAUCGGCGCCAAGGGCCACUUCCGAAUGUAGGAGGAUCCACUUUAUUUCCACCGAUCAGUUACCGCCUGCUC